UCGAAUUUACAAGUGUUGCCGUUCACCCAGGCGCUUUUGCGUUUCGGAGCGGUGUAUAAAGAAAAUAUAAAUACGUGUUAUUUCUCCCACUUGGAUCUCGUCAGGCGUUUGUGAUAUAUUACCAGUGAUCACUGAAACUGAGGAGUGCAGUGUUUUCAAGUGCAGUGAUGAGGCCCCCGACGGACUACGAUGGUACGAGGUUACCCGCGGAGGCGGAAGAGGGAGACCCGAGAGCACCAGCGAUGAUGAUAUGCGCAAGAUUGGCUGGACGAGCUAUCAUCAGAGUUGUAGGCAGGUGUGAGGAUGCGCAAGAGAAUAGCCAACUAGAUCUGUCAGAAUGUCAGCUAAUGCAAGUACCUGAUGCAGUAUAUCACCUCAUGCGACACACUGAGCUCAAGAGCUGCGACCUAAGUGGGAAUGUUAUUACAAAGAUUCCACCAAAGUUUACUGUUAAAUUUAGUUUAAUCACAGAUCUAAACCUAUCAAAUAAUCAAGUAGCCAAGCUACCGGAUGAACUCUGCACAUUGGCGUGUUUGCAGCGUUUGGACAUCUCGCACAACUCAUUUGUAGCUCUACCAGCCAUUGCCUGCCAGUGCCCAAGUCUACACACAUUAUUAGCACACCAUAAUCAAAUCAUAGAAGUCGAUGUGGACAGAUUAGCAAGAUCUCGAGCCCUUGAAUAUGUAGACCUAAGUGACAAUCCUAUUCCACCUCGAACAUAUGAGGAAUUAAAGCAGCUGAGCCGACCUUCGAUAUCUAUUUCAGAAAGAGAAAAAGAAGACUGGGAGGAAGAUCUCAUCAUGUAAAAGAUUUAACUUCCUGUGUACAAGACUUACAUUCAUCUUAAUAGAUAAGCGAAGUGUAGGGACUGGUGCAAUUAGGCAUCAACGAGAAGGUUAUGAUAACCUGGUCCUAACUCAACUGUGAUUUAGCCUUGUGCAAAGAGAACUUUAUUAAGUUUCUUAAGCAUGUAGUUAAAUAAGCAUAACAAAAUGAAGUGUAUAUGAUUUUCUAUAUAGAAUAUAUUCAUAAAUAUAAAUGUUACACUAUGUGCUCAAGAAUUUUGUACUCAGUAAAGCAAACUGUAAGAGAUAUGACAUAGACAUGUAUGUACAGCAUGUUUACGAUUAUUCAUAUUUUUAUAUAAAUUUUUUUAUUAAAAAUUGUGAUUAUUUUAUAUUUUGAUGUUAAAAUAACUUUUAAUAAAAGCAAUUAGAUCAACUAUGAGUUGAUCUCUUUCUUUUUAUUGAAUGCUAGUCGUUUAUGAUAAUUAGAUAA